GUCCCAGCAGCAGUGCUAACCUGCUGACUGUGUCUGUGUGAGUGACAGCUGGGAAGCCUCCGCCCAGUACCGCGCUACAGCCAGGCUGCCUCCAGCCUCCACCCGCUACCAGGAGCUGCAGGAAUGACCGAUAAUAUCCCACUACAGCCCGUGAGACGGCCGAAAAGACACGACGGUAAACACAGAAAUGGGUGCUGCCCGUGGUCGAGAUGCUGUGGCAUGGGGGACUUCCGUCCCCGCACCGUGUGGCUCGGCCACCCAGAAAAGAGGGAGCAGAGGUACCCAAGGAAUGUCAUUAACAACCAGAAGUACAACUUCUUCACCUUCCUGCCUGCGGUGCUGUUCCAUCAGUUCAAGUACUUCUACAACUUGUACUUUUUGCUUUUAGCGUGCUCUCAAUUUAUCAAUGAGCUACGCUUGGGUGCGCUCUACACCUACUGGGUCCCUCUGGGUCUUGUUUUGGCUAUUACCAUCAUUAGAGAGGCAGUUGAAGAAAUAAGAUGCUACAUUCGAGACAAAGAAAUGAACUCUCAGAUUUACAGCAAGCUUUCGACAAGAGGCACAGUGAAGGUGAAAAGCAGCGGCAUUCAAGUCGGAGAUCUUAUAAUCGUGGAAAAGAACCAGCGUGUUCCUGCUGACAUGAUAUUUUUAAGGACCUCUGAAAGAAAUGGAUCCUGUUUCCUGCGGACUGACCAGCUGGAUGGAGAGACGGACUGGAAACUACGCCUCCCAGUGGCCUGCACACAGAGACUGCCAACCGCUGCUGACCUUCUACAAAUCAGAUCAUAUGUCUACGCAGAAGAACCAAACAUCGAUAUCCAUAACUUUAUUGGAACUUUCACCAGGGAAGAUGGAGACCCCCCAGUCAACGAAAGUCUCAGCAUUGAGAACACCCUGUGGGCCAGCACCGUUGUGGCCUCCGGCACAGUGGUAGGGGUUGUGAUUUACACAGGCAAGGAGCUGCGCAGUGUCAUGAACACCUCCAACCCGAGGCACAAGGUGGGUUUGUUUGACUUGGAAGUGAACUGUUUGACCAAGAUCCUGUUUGGGGCCCUUGUGGUGGUGUCGCUGGUCAUGGUGGCCCUGCAGCACUUUGCCGGCCGUUGGUACCUCCAGAUCGUUCGCUUCCUGCUGCUCUUCUCUAACAUUGUGCCGAUCAGUUUGCGUGUCAACCUGGAUAUGGGAAAGAUGGUUUUCAGUUGGAUGAUUAAGAAAGACUCAAAGAUCCCUGGGACGAUGGUGAGGGCGAGCACCAUACCUGAACAGCUUGGACGCAUCUCCUACCUGCUGACUGACAAAACAGGAACUCUUACUCUGAACGAAAUGGUGUUCAGGCGCCUCCAUCUUGGAACUGUGGCAUAUGGGAUGGACUCGAUGGAUGAAGUACAGAGCCACGUGUUCAGCGCCUACACACAGCCCAGCCAUGACCUUCCAGCCUCCAGGGCUCCAGCAGCCACCAAGGUCCGCAAGACCAUCAGCAGCAGAGUUCACGAGGCAGUGAAGGCCAUCGCCCUGGUGCACAACGUGACUCCCGUGUACGAGGCCAACGGUGUGACCGACCAGGCCGAGGCGGAGCAGCACUAUGAAGACACAUGCCGAGUUUACCAGGCCUCCAGCCCAGACGAGGUGUCGCUGGUGCAGUGGACGGAGAGUGUCGGUCUGACACUGGUAGGAAGAGACCAGUCCUCCAUGCAGCUGCGGACCCCUACUGGACAAAUCCUGAACUUCACCAUCCUGCAGAUAUUCCCCUUCACCUAUGAGAGCAAGAGGAUGGGCAUCAUAGUGCGAGAUGAGUCUACAGGAGAAAUCACAUUCUACAUGAAGGGUGCUGAUGUGGUGAUGGCAGCUAUCGUCCAGUACAACGACUGGCUGGAAGAGGAGUGCGGGAACAUGGCGAGGGAAGGCCUGAGGGUCCUCGUGGUCUCAAAGAAGUCCCUGACAGAGGAGCAGUAUCAGGAUUUUGAGGCCCGGUACGUCCAGGCCAAGCUCAGCGUCCAUGACCGCUCUCUGAAGGUGGCCACAGUGAUUGAGAGUCUGGAGAUGGAGAUGGAGCUGCUGUGUCUGACUGGGGUGGAGGACCAGCUCCAGACAGAUGUGAGGCCAACCCUGGAGAUCCUCCGCAACGCAGGCAUCAAGGUUUGGAUGCUGACAGGAGACAAGCUUGAAACGGCCACAUGCACCGCUAAGAACGCCCAUCUGAUCACCCGCAACCAGGACAUCCAUAUCUUCAGACCCGUGACAACACGAGGGGAAGCCCACCUGGAGCUCAACGCUUUCAGGAGGAAACACGACUGCGCGCUCGUGAUAUCAGGAGACUCGCUUGAGGUCUGUCUGAAAUACUACGAGUACGAGUUCAUGGAGCUCGCAUGCCAGUGUCCCGCUGUGGUUUGCUGCCGGUGUACCCCCACUCAGAAGGCUCAGAUAGUCCGACUGCUGCAAGAGCGCACAGGAAAACUCACCUGCGCCGUAGGGGAUGGAGGAAACGAUGUCAGCAUGAUCCAGGAAGCCGACUGUGGCGUGGGAGUGGAGGGAAAAGAAGGAAAGCAGGCCUCGCUGGCCGCUGACUUCUCCGUGACUCAGUUCAAACAUUUAGGUCGUCUCCUCAUGGUCCACGGGCGGAACAGCUAUAAAAGGUCUGCAGCCCUCAGCCAGUUUGUCAUCCACAGGAGCCUGUGCAUCAGCACCAUGCAGGCGGUCUUCUCCUCUGUUUUCUACUUUGCUUCAGUCCCACUCUACCAAGGAUUCCUGAUUAUUGGCUACUCCACUAUCUACACCAUGUUCCCUGUCUUCUCCCUGGUGUUGGACAAAGAUGUUAAAUCAGAGGUUGCCAUGUUAUACCCAGAAUUGUACAAAGAUCUCUUGAAGGGCCGACCGCUAUCUUUCAAGACUUUUCUAAUAUGGGUCCUAAUAAGUAUCUAUCAAGGGAGCAUCAUCAUGUACGGGGCAUUGCUGCUCUUCGAAUCCGAGUUUGUCCACAUCGUUGCCAUUUCCUUCACCUCUCUGAUCCUGACGGAGCUGCUGAUGGUGGCCCUCACCAUCCAGACGUGGCACUGGCUCAUGAUAGUGGGCGAGCUCCUGAGCUUGGCCUGCUACGUCGCCUCGCUCGUCUUCCUGCACGAGUUCAUUGACGUAUACUUCAUCACCACGGUAUCGUUCCUGUGGAAGGUGACUGUCAUCACGCUGGUGAGCUGCCUACCUCUUUACAUCCUCAAGUACCUCCGCAGACGCUUCUCCCCGCCCAGCUACUCCAAGCUGACCACUUAAAAGACUGCGAAGGAUACUGUUGGGGAAACAGAAAGGCGCCCCUGUCUUCGUCCAGCAGAGCCUGCGCUUUGACCCAGGAGUCAAACAUGGAUUCAUCCCCUUUUUAAUUUGUUGUGAAAAGUAACACGCGGAAACGCGAAAGAUGGGGACAACUUAGUCAGGGACAGGUCGCUUACUGAGAGGGAGAGUUUGUGUUUAACAGCAGCGUUGCUUGCUACACGUGUUUGAUGCAAAGACUAACCGAUGAUUUCUCUCCGUGGAGAAAACACCUGCAGUGAAUUGUAGGUUGGUAGUUAGUUAAACCGAGCAUAAAAAGCGUCCUGAACAGAAAAUGUAAAUAUGUAAUGUAUAAAACAUGCUGCUAUUUAGCCUAGUAUGUGAUCAAUUAAGGGACAGAAUCAGUUCAGCAAAUUAUGCAGAUCCGGUUUGUUUUAUAAUGUCUCAAAUUCAUAUCAAGGGAAGUAACUGGAAAAGUUGGAUGUCUCUCUUACUCGGAGCUGUACCGUAGAUGUGUCAUUUGGGAUGGAAAUACAUUUUCUCCAGUUCCAUCUGAAAUUAGUCAAAGCGUUAACAUUGUUAGACCCUGAAAUAGACGUAGCAUUCUCACUCAGGACUUGAUUCACAUUCUCCUCAAACUGAUUUCAAAAAUGGAGUUUAAGAAUUACAGUAUAUGGUGAAAAAAAUAAAAAUAAAAGUUUACUGGCUAGAGUAGACUUUGCAUAAAACACACGUCUGCAAGUUUGUGUAUUUGUUUGUGCGUCACGGCGAUGGUCCAUCCCGACACAGCGGACGUGGUGUGGUGGUUUAUUUUUAGCAUGACCCCGUGGUGUCUGGUAUUAAAUCCGUCUUUGUUUUCUUGCUACGGACCUCGAGAGGUUGUUAGUGUUUGUGGAGCGCGGUCAAAACAGCCACAAAAGGAGUGUCGGUUUAUUUGGAGUCGAAAACCUUCUGCCCGGGGCUCCCCGACAGCCCCUCACGCGGCUGCUCGGCAGUCCAGCACCCAGGCCACGCUUUUUCACCCAGCAUUGCAUGAUGACUCACUGUACCAGUGACCUAAAGCCAUAAGUGAAAACCUUCUGCGACCCGAGUUCAGCUGUCCCCUUCCCUUUCAUGUGGUCUAAUCCAGGGGCCCCCUCAUUGCUCACUUCUGCUAUAACCUCCACAGUUCAGCUGGGAUAGAAGAAAAAAAGGGAUCAAAUCUCCUCUCAGUGAAAAUCCAAUGUGAACAUUGUCGAUAAGCAGUACCGCACGUUGAGAGAAAGAACAGAUAUGAUAACCACAGCUCAUAUUUCAAUUCGCUGGUGGAGAUACUGUAAAUAAUCACCAACUAACAGAAUAACAUGGCUACACUCUUUCUCUCACUUAUUUCAAAUGACUUUGAAAAAGGAUUUCAAUUUAGUUGUAAAACUUGAAUUAACUUUUCUUAUACAACUUGAUUAACCUUAAUGUGUCAAACCAGGUGUCCUAAGUAAUUAUUUCUCUCCUAUGUUCAACUCCGUUGUUAAUCCCUACUGAAUUCAGUACGCAGUUUGCACAGAAUUUUGUUUUGUACAACCGAUCAAUUCUAUUUUUUAUGUUGUAAUAGAAUCGCAAAAACAUUAGGCUAAAAUGAUUUAGUUGCUUGUUUUUUAUUAUUAUUUAUUAACGUAUUAUUUUAUGGUGUUGAUUGCACUGAAAUGGGCAAAACAAAAAGGGAGAAUUGCGUUGAUGUCAAUGUUGUGAUGAUGAUUAAUAAAUCUUGUGUUUUCUA